UGAGAAGACGACGACAGUGACGACAGGAUGCGUCCAUCGGCGUCACCGAACUGGAACGUCGGCUACGCAUCAACCCGGCGGUGGCCCCACGGAGACGCUUGGACGCGGCGGGUGCUGGCUCCGCUGAGCGCCUUCUUGGGGGAUCACUCCAACGAGCCGGUGACCAACAUUGUAGUAGGCGCCAUCGCCGCCUGUUCAGCCUCCUUUGUGACACACCCAAUCGAGGUGGCCAAGCUGCGCAUACAACUGCAGGGGGAGCUGCAGCCGCCGAUUGCAGACAGGUCAGCGCGGGCACGCCCGGUGUACCGCAACACCCUGCAAGCCAUUUACACGAUGUACCGGUACGAUGGCGUUCUCGCCGUUUACCGAGGGCUUUUGACGAACCUUGUCUACCAGCUACUGGCCAACGGCUUGCGCUUGGGCGUCUACCAGAUCAGCGAAGACCUCGGCUUAACGCUAGACGAAAACCUGGAGCCCAGCAUCCGCCUGAGUGCCGUCUUCGGCGGCGUGUCUGGCGCCUUAGGGGCCUUCGUGAGCUCGCCACUUUUCCUGCUCAAGACACACCUACAGCUGCACUCAUCGACAGCGGCCAUUGCCGUCGGCUACCAGCACGGCUACGGGACCGCGCUAGCGGCGCUGGUGAACAUCUACAAGACCCAGGGUGCCUGGAAUGGGCUCUGGCGCGCAACUUCCUCCAAUAUUCUACGACUGUCCACGGGGUCGGCUCUUCAAAUGUCCACCUUCAUCGGCUUCAAGAGUCUGCUAAACACGGCGUUUGAAGGCCGCGAGGGCUACUUCUUCAUCAACAUGAUGAUUGCGGCCUUCUUGUCGGGACUCACCUCAGCGCCCUUCAUCGCGGUCUUGGACGUGUUGCGGGCGCGUAUGUACGCGCAGCCUUCGAACCCGCGCGGCGAAGGCAUUUACUACAACAACAUCCGCGACUGCAUCAUCAAGGUCAAGAAGACCGAAGGGCUUCGAGGCCUGUCGCGCGGCGUCGGCGGCGCUUUCUUUUACACAAUGACGUCGUCCGUCUUGACGCUCGUCACCUGGGAAGAGAUCAAGAAGGAGAUCGACAAAGAGCGACAACAUUCGGUGGAUGACCUCCUUGAUUACGGCGUUCACUGAACUGAAUUUCGUGCGUUAAUUGAGAGGACCGAAGGACUGGCAUCAUGACAAAGCUCGAGCGAUUGGAUGUACGUUUUUGCCAAAUAAUAAUACUGUGAAUGACCUCCCGUCAUCCGAUGCCUUGACAGUUUCUUGCAUUUAGAGCCUGGCGUAAUUCGCCAAAACAAACAUUCGCGUGGGAUCUCCUGAAAAUAAAGAUUUAUCUUUUUUUAUU